GUACAAGAGUCACCUCAGUGAUCCAUCUGCAUGUUGCCAGUCGCACCGCAGACUAAGUGCUCACAGAAAGCUGCCCUACUGGCUCUCCUGGAUUCCUCUGGCAAGUGUGGCUCAGCCUGCAGUAAUGCUGAGUGUUUACGGGGAAAAGGUGUUCUCCUGGAAUAAAAUACCAAAAAAGAAGCUGACGUCGGGGAACCCGGGAUUGUGCUCUGAGAGGGAAUCUUCAUGAAGAGUGGCUUCAGGAUGGACAAGGACGGCACGAAGCCAAAGACCUUUGUGUCCACGUUCCGUCUGGCCCUCAGGCCUCAGGCCAGAUGGAAGACAGAGAAAGAGCAUGGACUGGAUACCACCUACAUGAUGGCAAACAGCAAACUCGGAGUGUCGUCUGCAACAGAUGCCAGACGGACACAAGUCCAGAGCCCGGCAUCGCCUCACUUCAAAGAAGCGCUCCAGGACUGUGCAGUCUGUGAAGGAAGUGAUGCUACUUUUCAAGGUGUUAUCACAGGAAGUGAGCCUCUGGGCGUCUCCUGGCUACACAAUGGCGAGAAGAUGCAUUCAGGUAAAACUUCCUUCAAAAACGGUGUCGCCGUUCUGGUCCUGAAUCGGUGUUCACGCGGAAAUGCCGGGACAUACACCUGCACAGUUGAGAACGCUGCUGGGACAAAAUCGAGCAGUGCUGUGUUACAUGUCACAGGACCAGCAACAGAGGAAAUCCGCAGAGCGAGCAACCGUGAGCUCAGCAGCGAGGUCACAUUCAAGGUUGUGCCACGUGAUAAUACUCAGCCGGCCCCCGCUUCAAAAGAUAUCAGAGAUAUCAGCCUUCAAACAAACCUCUCCUCUAGCAAAGGACCUCCUGUGGAGUUUCUCGACCCGCCCGAGCAGGUGGAGGCCCGGUCAGGAGAGCAGGCCCGGCUACACUGUGAGUUCAGGAGCAGCUCUGUCCCUGUGGCCUGCUGCUGGAUUUACAACAGAGACAAAGUGGUAGUAGGGGGGCCAAGGGUGUCCGUCAGAAGCAGUAAGACCCAGAGCAGUAUGGAGAUCGCUCAGGCCUGUCCAGGCGACACGGGCUCUUACACGGUCAUAGUUCGAAACAGAAAAGGCUCUGCCCAGCAUACAGUCUCCCUCAGCGUCAUAGACCGGCCCGAUCCACCUGCAUCCCAACCUGUCAUUUCCAAAUUGUCCACUCAGUCCCUGGUCCUGUCCUGGACUGGCCCCAGCUACGACGGCGGCUCCGCCGUGUUGGGUUACAUUGUGGAGUUCAGACAAGAGGGUCCGGGCGAGCGUGGGAAGUGGACCGAAGCGUCGAGCCGUUGCAAAAACACCUCGUACCACGUGCGCUCAGGCCUGGAGCCUCUGGGGCAGUACCGCUUCCGUGUCAGAGCCUACAACGCCGCAGGAGUCAGCGAACCGAGCCAGGAGUCUGACUGUGUCAAGAUGGCGACAGCGAAGGAAGAGAUCCAAGAGCCGGAGUCGUACGUCACAAUGACCAUAGACACCAAACACAAGGUCAAGGAUCACUACAAUGUGCACGAACGGCUGGGAGUCGGGAAGUUUGGCCAGGUGUUCCGGUUGUCCCAUAAAGAGACGGGCGACGUGUGUGCGGGGAAGUUCUAUCGAGGCCGGAGCUCCAAGGAAAAGACGGCGGCCCGCAAGGAAAUCGAACUGAUGAAGUGUAUCCACCACCCGAAACUGGUCCAGUGUCUGGCCGCCUACGACACGCGCUCGGAGAUGGUCAUGCUCAUGGAGUAUAUCGGAGGCGGAGAGCUCUUUGAACGCAUCGUGGAUGACAACUUUGAGCACACGGAGCCCACCAGUGCCCGCUACAUGCAGCAGAUCCUGGAGGGCAUGCAGUACGUCCACAAGCAGAACAUCGUCCACCUCGACCUCAAGCCGGAGAACAUCGUCUGUGUGGACCCCACGGGUACACGGGUCAAGAUCAUUGACUUUGGCCUGGCAAGCAAACUGGAGGACGACAAGCCUCUGUUGGUGAUGCACGGUACGCCCGAGUUCGUGGCCCCAGAGGUGGUCAACUACGAGCCCGUGGGCCUGGAGACGGACAUGUGGAGCAUCGGCGUCAUCUGCUUCAUCUUGCUCAGUGGAGAAUCUCCCUUCCAGGGGAACAACGAUGUUGAGACUUUAGCUCUUGUGACUGCUGCUCGCUACGAGUUUGACCAGGAGAGUUUUGAAGACAUCUCUGAACAGGCUUUAGACUUUAUUCGGUCCUUGCUGAAGAAAGACCGGAGAUGCAGGCUGUCGUGUACCGAGGCCCUUGCCCACCCCUGGAUGGUCUCCUUUACCCCUCUGAACCGCAGACCAACCAAAUCCCUAAGGAAGGAGAAGAUGAAGCGCUUUCUGGCCAAACGCAAGUGGAAGAAAACUGGCAAGGCUGUUUUGGCCCUACAGCGGAUGGCUAACCUCUCCAACAGGCCAGACUCUCCUGGCAGCCCCUCUGAGGUAAAGCCUCGAUUCCAUUUUAUUCAUCAUCGUCAUCCUCCCAACUCUCAUCCGGAGCCAGGCUGGAGCCAAGAGGCAGAGGAGGCCAUCCAGUCGCUGGAUAAGCAGCUUCAGAGUGAACCGUGCAUCCAGCAGGCCCUGAAGGACGCCACGCUCCCGACAGGAGCAACUGCUCAGCUGACAUGCCGCGUCAAUGGUUACCCACAGCCGGAGGUGAAGUGGCUUCAGAAUGAGAAGCCGGUGCCCGAAUCCAGCAGAGUGACCGUGGAGCAAAAUGACGACGGGCUCUGCUCCCUGGUUCUGGCCGAUCUGGAGCCCUCGGACUCCGGGGUGUAUGUGUGCAGGGCCAGCAACAAGCUGGGGGAAGCGACGUGCUCUGCCAAACUCAAAGUGGAGAUGUGACCGAGGGGAAACCUCCUCCACCUCAGUGACUCCAAGAGUUUCUUCGUCUGGAAGAUUCUUCAGAAGUAGAGUUAGUUAGUUAAAGUUUGGACUUGGAAAUGAUUUUGGAUGGACAGUUGCCACUGCCACACGAAUGGCUGCAUUCAUACAGAUUUAAAGACACGGGGGUUUGUGUUGCGGUGGGCAACCGUGAAAGGAUGAAAGACUUGGACACACUUACCCAGAGUCCUUUGUUUCACACGUCACCAGUUACUAGUGCACUUUUUGAAGUCGGUUUUCUUCCAUGUGUUUACAAUGUUUUGAUACCAGUGCACAAGGAUUUUGGAUUAUUGAAGUGAGGUCACGUCAUAAACCUGUACUGAGCUUUGCACUGUUCCCACAGUCACAUGAAAAGUUGUACAUUUCUUGCAUGUUAAAAAUAUUGUUCAAGUGUAAAUGUUUCAUUACUGUUAUUAAAAUGAAAAAUGACCCGUUUCAAAAAAAAUAAACAUUUAAAGGCAUACAAAGAUAAA